CAGUGAAACAAUUAAGAUGGAGCAGACUUUCAUCAUGAUCAAGCCUGAUGGCGUCCAUCGAAACCUGAUUACUGAGAUAAUCGGACGCUUCCAAUGUAACGGUUUCUAUCUGAAAGGGUUGAAGUUUUUAAAAGUGGAGCGGUCCAUUGCGGAGAAGCACUACGAGGAUUUGGCGGGAACACACUACUUCCCUGCACUUGUGGGGGACAUCACAUCUGGCCCUGUGGUGGCCAUGGUUUGGGAGGGCAAUAAUGUUAUUGUGAAAUGCCGAAAGAUUAUUGGGGCUUCUGAUCCUACUAAAUGGGAACCUGGUACUAUUCGGGCCGAUUAUGCAAUUGAAAUUGGGAGGAAUGUAAUACAUGGAAGUGAUUCAAUUGAGAGUGCGAGAAAAGAGAUCGCCCUGUGGUUUCCAGAAGGCUUGUCUGGAUCGGAGAGCAAUCUUUACUAAGAGUGUUUUCUACUUUUUGCUUGUUGUGGGUGAAGUGUUUGUCAUUGAACUAUCUGUAUAUU